UUUUUGCAUUUUUCGUCUUCUAUAGUACGGUACUUUUUAAGUAAUGUACGUCUAGCAUGCAUACGCUUCUAUUGCGCCUUACUAGUUCACUUCCACGACGACUAGCUACAAGCCUUGCAAGCUAAGCUAGGUCAAGCUUCAAUAUUUAUUAUAAUCAAAUCAAAUUAAUUAGUUGUCUCCGUAAAAAAUAAAAAUAAAAAUAAAAAUAAAAAAAUUCUCAUUUGUAAAUACAAUUGUCAUGACGUCCAUGUACUGCCUACCAAUUCCUGUCUUCCCUUAUAUAAUGAGAAAUAUAUAUGUAAGGCUAAAAACUACACUUGUAUUACAUAUACUCGUAUUUUUUAAUCCAUCACUCUUUAGCUUAAAAAAUUAACGCUAAUCAUAUGAAUUUUCUAAGUGCAUUAGCCAGUAAAUUCAGAGCAAAAACAACAAUGGGUGACAAAUCGAGUAAGAGCUCGAAAGAUCGCAGAGAAGGAAAUCAUGGGCAUAUGCUUGAAAGUGUGACAACAAAGAGCAAAUCUUCAAGUGAAAGUUCAGCAAAGUCAGAAACAUCUACGGCAAGCAAUCAUGGAACAACUCGAACAAGUGUGCGUGUUACUGAAAAUUUCACGCAUCCGCAGAGCACAAGCUCCGGAGGACCAUCAAGAAAGCCAUCCUCUGACGGCAACGGAAAACGCCCUGUGCGCCGAAUUGAAGAUUUGACAAAUGGGAAGCAGGCUGAUACAGGUUCGACUAAAAAGAAGAUUCUAGCUGGAGAACCGCGGCAUGCGAGCUUCAUUUGGAGAUUAUGCAAACUUAUUUUUAGAUAAAUUUCCUUCUACAGAUCAUAUGUUGCAAGUUCCACUUUGAAACGAAGAUACUUUUUGAUGCGGAUCAAUAGCAUUAAAAUCAUAUUUUUAGUUGUUUUCUUUAACUUUUAUUCGAGUCCUCUAUUAAUUGUGAGAUUGAGUGUCGUCAAUCCGAAAGUUACGCAUGAUUAAUAGAAUUAGCGUUAAUUAUCAUAAUUCAUCAGUGUACUAAUGAAUUUACAAUAAGACAUUAAAACUGCUGGUUUGAGUUUGCAUGAUAAGCUAGAAAAUAAACUUUUAACUUUAUUCUGUUUUUAUUUAUCUUUUAAUUUAACACCGGAACUAAUAUUAGGGCAAAUUUCA